CAGCUGCACAGCCUGCCUGGCCUCUGUCCAAACCAACCUCCGCCCUCCGGGCACCGCUGCCUGGUGCUCCUCGCUCACUGGCAUCGCUGGGAGCCCAGAGCCGCAGGUUUGCUACUCAAGAGUCUGAGGCACGGUGGGGAAACCCCUGCCCCAAAACGCCAACCUGGGGCCCCGGUGUUGUUCCAGCUGAGGGGAAGGGGGCUGCAGUUGGCUGGAGCAACAGGAACGGGGGCACAGGGCGUGCAAAAGCGCCCUGGCUCCUCAGCAGUGGCAGGACGUGUGAAACCCCCAGACGCUGCUGCUGCGGCCCCUGGAGAGGGAGCCCCUGCUGGCCCGGAUGCUGCGCGUGAUGCAACUGCUGUCGCGGAUCGAGGAAGGCGAGAACCUCGACUGCACCUUCGAUAAGGAGUCAGAGCUCACCCCCCUGGAAUCGGCCAUUGCUGUGCUGGAGCUCAUCCAGAGGGAGUUCUCUGUGCCUGAAAAGACAAUGGAAACUGUUCAGAAAAUGGUGAAGGAAGCUGCUGUGAUUGUCUGCAUCAAAAACAAGGAGUUUGAUAAAGCAGCAAAGAUUGUCAAGAGGCACCUGGGGAAGGAGCCCAGAACCCUGAAAAAGAGGAAUGAGCUGCUGGCUGUCAUCAAGGAGAAGGAUUUCACCCAUCCUCUGGUCAAAAACUUCUCCUACAAGAGCUUCCAGCAGAGUGUGUUUCAGUUCCUGAAGCCCUACAUGGAUGAUUCGGAGCCUCUGCUGCUGUCGGUGAUGAAAAACACUUUGAACUCAGAACACACCAAAGACCCAAAGUGCUCCUCAGCGACUCCCGAGUCCCGGGAUGGGCCAGAGGAGCAGGCAGCAGCCCCAGAGCCCCCAGGGAGGGCAGAGGGCCCAGCAGCAGCUCCAGAGCCCACAGCCACGGCAGAAGCCCCCGAGGGAGCUCCCAGCCCUGCAGAAAGGGCAGAUAAUGACCCUGCAGCAGCCCCUGAGCCUAUGGAGGAAGCUACUGACCCAGCAGCAACUCCUGAGCACUUACCAGCAGUGGUUAAUACCUUGGAAGAUGCUUCAGAGCCUAUGGAAAUAUCUAAAGAACCAGCAGCAGCAGCUCCAGAGCUUCCAGGAGCAUCCUGCAAGGACUCAGGAAGGCAGCCGGCUGGCACCGUAACCACGUACGGCAUCUCUGACCUGAGGGAGGCUUUCAAGAUCCUGUCGGGCUCCCCGGACUCUGACGUGCUCUUCACCAAGCUGGACCAAACAGACUUUUCCUUCCCCAAGCAACUGUCUCCUUCUGUAUCCCACAGAACCAAGAGACGGAAAGAAGAGGAGAAUCGAGGCUCUGAGACCUCAGACCCUGCUGAAAUGCCCCAUAAGAGCAAACGCUCGUUGAGCAUAAGCAGGCUGGUGAUGGAGCGAGACAGCCAGCACGAGGCCAGCGAGAGCCCCGACUCUUCCCAGGAGCCAGUUGUAUCUUCUGCUUCCAGACCUGGUCAGAAAUUGCACGACCAGCCCGUGUCUACAAAGAUCCCCAAGUCCUUCCAGGGAAGGUGGAACAGCAGUGCCUAUGGUGAAGAGGAGAAGGACAGCUGGAGCGAUGAGGAUGAGCUCUUCUCCGAUGCAGUGUCAUUUGGGUCAAACAGCAACAGAUCUUCAGUCUUUGGUUCCAAGAAACAGAAAUGGACGAUACAGGAGAGCGAGUGGAUCAAGGAGGGGGUGAAGAAGUUCGGAGAAGGGCGGUGGAAGGCCAUCUGCCAGAAGUACCCCUUCCAGAACCGCACGGCCGUGAUGAUCAAGGAUCGCUGGCGCACCAUGAAGAAGCUGGGCAUCCUCUGAGGCUGGCAGCCACGGCACCUUCAGUGCCAAAACCACCUUGCUUUUCCUUCUGGAAGCUGGACCGGAGCAGGAGCAGUGAGGAGGCUGCUGUGCCCAUCCCCAGGGCGAAGCACACGUCUGACAGGAACCACGUGCCCAGAGUUUCAGCCACAAGGUUUGGGUCUUGGGCAGAGCUGCCUGGCCUAAUUGUGUGUGCUCAGCCUUGGCUGGGACUCCCUUCACCUGCCCCCUUUGUAGAGGGAAUCCCAGCCUCUUUUCCCUGCCUGGAUGCUGUCGGGUGGCAGAGUAACCCCGUCAGCAGCUUUUUUUUAUGUGUUUUAAGUGUCCAUACUGUGAAUUGCUUGUUUUGUCUGUUUGCACUCGGUCCCCUGGGAGGGACAGAGGCAGCACAAGCCCCAGAGCUGCUGGGGAGAUGAAGAAAUUCAGGCGUCUGCUUCAGGGUUUUUUUGUUUUCGUAGUUCUUUGUAGAGGGCCAGAGUGUCUCUGGGAACUUCUCCCUCCCACCUGUGAGGCUUUAAGCUUGUUUUGUUUCGGUACUUACAUAUCAGUUGAUAAAAGUUCCCCUGCUCACUGGCUCUGGCAGUUCUCCUUUCUGGCACCGUCCUCCUCCUGUGCAGUCCCUCGAGGGGGCGAGCUCCCAGGGCACUGAUGCCUCCUGCCACAGCUCAGUCCACGUCCCAGUGCUCUUCUGUAAAAUAAAGCUUCUUUCUUGUUGGAUAUCAGAGGA